AGAAUUUCACAAAAAGGCGUUGCUAGUACUGGCAGGGCUUGGGGGCCACUUCCUCCCCCCCCCCAACCCUGGACGCAGCUAGAGCAAGUGGCUCCAGAGGCAGACGCAAGCACCACUCCACGGACGGAGCCCCCAGCCCCACUGAAAGAUGGCUGCCCUGCCCUGGACUCUGCUGCUUGUCUGCCUGUCGGCUCUGCACCAUGGGGACCCCUCUGUGUCUGCCUCAGACUUGGAAGAAGCUCAGAGGAACAUCCUCCAGGUAAGAAGAGGCCAAGCCCUUUCCUUUCCUCCACACAUCCUCCAGCUCCAGCUACCUCUUUCUUUGCAGAGUCUCAGUGGGGAUGAACCCCUAGGAGAGACCCCAGAGGGGGACGUCGUCCUGCAGGGGCCAGAUCCACUCUUGACAACCACCGCAGUGCCCGGGACAGGACCCGAGAUCCCAGAGGACCCACUGACCCCAACGUUGCUGCCUUCCAGUUUCCUCAACGAUGCCCCCUUUGCUGGCGGGGAGAUCCUGGCUGGGGAGGUGGAAGGCCUUGAUGGGCAAGGAUGGGAUGGGCAUGAAAACUCCUCUGAGGCCCUCGAAGAUACCUCUGGACCUGGCUGUGAGGGCCACGUGCCCCCCAAGGCCAUGUCGAAGGCUGCCCGUGGCAUGAUGAAGCUGGGCACGGAGCUCCUGAGGGAGGCAGAGCGGCAGUCCGGCACCCAAGAGAACAUCUUCUUCUCUCCCUUCAGCAUCAGCCUGGCACUCGCCCACCUGGCCCUGGGAGCAGAGAACGAGACAGAGCAGCAGCUUCUGGAGGUGCUUCAUGCAAAGUCCAUGCCCUGCUUCCACCAGGCCAUGCACCGCGUCUCCCAGCACCUCAACAGGAUGGCACUCAGCCUGGCCACAAGCCUUUACCUAGAAAAGGGUUUCCCAGUGAAAGAGAAAUUCCUGGAGGACUCUGAGAGGUUCUAUGGGGCCAAACCAUCCAUCCUGUCUGGGAACAGCGAAGCAGAUCUUGAAGCCAUCAACCACUGGGUGAAGGAAGCCACCAACGGGCAAAUCCCCGCCAUGCUCUCUGAGCUGCCGGCCAGCGUGGUCAUGAUCCUCCUCAAUGCCAUACACUUUCAAGGAUUUUGGAAGACCAAGUUUGACCCCCAGCUGACUGAGCUGAGCACUUUCCACCUGGACAAUGAGUUCACCAUCUCCGUGGAGAUGAUGAAGGCGCAGGUGUACCCGCUCAGCUGGUUCACGGUGGAUCCCCUGGACGUCCAGAUUGCCAGAUUCCCCUUCAAGGGCAACACCAGCUUCGUCGCCAUUGUUCCAAACCACUUUGAAGGCAACUUCUCUCAGCUGCUCUCCAAACUCAGCCAGGCCGACCUCCGCAACCCCUUCCCCAAAGAGAGGCCCACCAUGGUCAAGAUGCCAAAGUUGAGCUUGCACCACCGCCUAGACCUCAACCGGGCCCUCUCCCGAUUAGGUCUUGGGGAGCUGUUUUCUUCCCCCAACCUUUCUGGCAUUGCAGAGGGGCCCCUUGUGGUCUCCAGCAUCCAACAUGAGGCCGCCUUGGAGCUCACGGAGGCUGGAGUGGAGGCCUCGGCCGCCACCAGCGUGGUGAUGUCUCGCUCGCUCUCUGCCUUCCACCUCAACCGGCCUUUCCUCUUCAUCAUCUUCGAGGACACACUGGGAGUCCCCCUUUUCUUCGGCAGCAUCCGGAACCCCAACCCCAGUGCUCCCCGACAAAGGAAAAUGAGCGACUGUAUUCGAACAAGCGACGGGGAUUCCUCGGGGGCCUGCCUGACAGACUCUGAGAAGCCCUGAAGGGCCUUUGGGAUGCAGCAACACACCAGGGCCACUGUGCUGUUGUCCUCCAGAGUUUUUCAGGGACUCUCCUCAGAUUCCCAAGUAACAGACCAGCCACAAAAGCCACAGCCACCCUCUGGGCCAACUUUUGGGAAAGGUUUGCGGUUCUAUACCCAGCCCUAGAAGCUUCAAAAUGUAGCUACAUUAACAUGUCUGCCUCCAAAUGGAAAUGCUUUGGGAUAUUGGGGCGGGCAGAAGGAGGGAGGGAGAACCUGAGUCCUGGUUCGGUGGGAAACUGUUGCCCCAUUCACAAUAAAAGCAACCCCCCCCCUUCUGAAAAAUAUCCACUGAGGCUUCUGAAUGGCCAACCGAUUGUAUCAGGAGGGCAAUGACAGGCCAUACUGUCUCUGGUUAUUACUUCUCAAUUCCUUCUCUGAAACUUUUAUUAACAUUAAAGUAUCUUUAUCCCUC